AUGCUGCGGACCCGGCCGUGGGCCCCUGCCCCCGUGGGCAGCGCGGGGCCGUGCGUGGGGGUCCCCCCGUCUGUCCGUCGUGCCGGGGUCCCUCUACCCCCGUGUCACCGUGCCCUCAGCCACCUCUGCCCUCUCCUGCCCCCAGCUCCCAUCGCCACCUCCAGCACCAUCUUCCAGCUGGGCUUCGAGCGGGCGCUGCGGAAGCAGAACAAGGAGCAGGUGCCCCCGGCUGCGGCCCCGGAGCCGCCGCAGCGGAAGCAGCACCCGGGGAAGAGCGGGAAGAAGCCGUCGGGCAAUGCCACCAGCACCAAGGCGGGCAGGAGCCGCUCGCUGGAGGAGGCCCUGCGAGCUCUGGACCUGGCAGAUCUGCAGAAGGAGCUGGAGAAGAGCCGGAGCGUGUUCCCCGAGAACCCCUCCGUGUGGGUGAAGGACCUGGCCGGGUACCUCAACUACAAGCUGCAGGCGCCCCAGAGCGACCCCGUGCUGAGCCAGCACCCCCACGACUAUCCAUACAGCCUGGCGAGCAAGGAGCUGAGGAGCAUCAUCCGGACCCUGCUGGGAAGGGCGUCGGGAGUGCUGGAGCUCUUCUUCGACCACUGCAUCUACACCAUGCUGCAGGAGCUGGACAAGGCCCCGGGGGAGUCACUGCAUGGAUACAGGAUCUGCAUCCAGGCACUGCUCCUGGACAGGCCCCGGAUUGCCACCGCCAACCUGGGCAAGUACCUGGAGGUGCUGCGCUCCCACCAGAACCGGCCGGCCAAGUGCCUGACCGUGCUCUGGGCGCUGGGACAGGCCGGGUUCACUGACCUCCACGAGGGCCUGAAAGUGUGGCUCAAUGUGAUGCUCCCGGUGCUCGGCAUCAAGUCCCUCUCCCCGUACGCCGUUUCCUACCUGGACCGGCUGCUGAUGAUGCACCCCAACCUCACCAAAGGCUUCGGCAUGAUCGGCCCCAAGGAUUUCUUCCCGCUCCUGGACUUCGCCUUCAUGCCCAACAACUCCCUGUCACCCAGCCUGCAGGAGCAGCUGCGGCGCCUCUACCCCCGCCUGAAAGUCCUGGCGUUCGGCGCCCGGCCCGAGACAGCCCUGCACACCUACUUCCCCUCCUUCCUGUCCCGAGCGACGCCCACCUGCCCGCCCGCCAUGAAGAGGGAGCUCCUGACCUCCAUGAGCCAGUGCCUGAGCCUGGACCCGCUGAGCUUCAGUGUCUGGAGGCAGCUCUACACCAAGCACCUCGCUCAGUCCAGUUUGCUGCUGAACCACCUCCUGGAGUCCUGGGAGAGCUGUAGCAAGAAGGUGCGUCAGUCGCUGCAGGAAACCGUUCGCUCCUUCAAAGUGACCAACGAGGAGCUGGUGGCCAGAGGGGCCGGAGGGGGCCAGGACGUGGCUGCCUGUGACGCCGCCUGCAAGCCAGGGACCGUUCAAGGAACACUCUUGUCUCUUCCAGCCUCCUCUUCCGCACGGCUGCUCCGCUCCUCUGGCGUCCUGCCUGCCUCCCAGCUGGCCUGGCAGAAGGUGUCCCACGGCUGCCUCGAGGGCUACAGGUGGCUGCAGCACAGCCUGGCCCACCACGGCUCUGCAGCCGUGUCCGUCCUGCGGCCGCAGCUGGAGCUGCUCUGGGACACGGGUGGUGAGGUGGCCCGGGAUGUGUCCCAGCAGUGCUACUCCCUGCUCUCAUGGCUCCAGGGCAGCCUGCCCUGGCUCAGCGAGUGGGUCCAGACCCGGCUCCCCGAGUCCCUGCUGCACUUCGCCGAGUGCGUGCGGGAGCUGCUGCUGUUCCUGGUGUGGAGCUGCCUGGUGCCGCUGCUGCAGGGCCUGGCCUCGGCGCUGCAGCAGGGCUGGCAGCGCUGCCUCGACUCCUGCAAUGGGGACGUGACGUGGGAGUGCGUAAGGGACCACCUGACGAGUUUCACCUAUUCUUCUUGGAUUUACCUGCAAAACACAACCCUGGCCCUCAAAAACUGGGCCCUGGCCAUGAUUUCUGGACACUGAGCUGCUUUCUGGAGAAGGUCACGCCGUCUCCCGACAUUCCAACUGCCAGAGGGUAUCCCAGUGCAGCUGGAUGGGGGAUAGAGACGUUGAGGGCGAUGCCUACAGGAACUUUGGGUCAAAUCGGGGAUUUUGGGGGAGGUUUAUUUUCUGGGGGACUGGGGAGACACACAUACAGGUUUUUUCCGCACCCUGUGACUGCUUUGGCUUUCCCUGUCCCUCUGUCCCUGGUGGGUGAUCCCCAUCCCCUUGUGCUUUGCCUGCUCACAGGAUCAGGGGUGGACACUCGGAGCCCCCACCCACCUCCACACCCCACCCCUUCCCCUGGUAAA